UCUUUUCUAUCUUCAUAUUUUGUUCAAAUACUAAUCAAUUUUUACGGAUACGUUUGUUUAUUUUUCAUGGCUUAUCUGGCAUAAUCUACGCUUUUAUUCCAGUAUUUUUCCCCAUAUAAAAAGUAAUUAGAGUUCAGAUGUGAUUCUAUGAUACGUGCAAUGUCUGAGGUGAAUGUUAAGGCAGGCAUUGAGUGCGUUUUAAAGCGCAUCGAUGAGGCGCUUGCCCGUCGGCCCACGGACCUGGCGAGAAUGCCUAAGCCGCAACUGGUUGCAGUCGGAAAAACAAAGCCAGUUGAAUUGAUUAUCGAGGCGUAUGGGGCAGGUCAGCGGCAUUUCGGGGAAAAUUACGUGCAGGAACUGGUGGAGAAGACACAGCAUCCAGAUAUUUUGCAACAAUGUCCGGACAUCAAAUGGCAUUUUAUUGGCCAUUUGCAAAACAACAAAAUCAAUAAGGUACUCAAACUUCCAAAUCUGUAUAUGAUUCAAACUGUCGACAGUGAAAAACUUGCAACUGGACUGAAUUCCGCCUGGGAGAAAAUACAAGGUGAUAAUAAAAAACCUCUCCCCGUGCUGAUACAAGUGAAUACUAGUGGCGAAGAAGCCAAGAACGGCGUGGAGCCCAAUGCAGCUCCAACACUCUACAAAUACAUAAAAGAAAAUCUGAAGAACCUACAAUUGGAAGGAGUUAUGACCAUUGGUGCAUUUGGAUUUGACUAUUCGAAAGGGCCGAAUCCAGAUUUUAUAUCACUGAUGAGUGUGCACAACCAAAUAUGCACAGAAAAUGGACUUGAACCAAGUGCUGUGCAAGUAUCCAUGGGAAUGUCUGAUGAUUUUGAAAAAGCGAUUGAAGCCGGCAGUACUAUUGUACGCGUUGGGACUGCUAUUUUCGGCCUUCGCAGCAAGAUGACUGGCAAAUUGAAUAAAUGAAUAACUAAUGUGAUGGAGGAGUAAUUCAGCAUAAAAGUAAUACUAUAUUUUUCCUCAAAUUACUUAUACUUUGUGCUCACCAUUUGGCGCGAUUUUCCAAGUGAAGAAAACUGUGUUUUGCUUUUAUUUUGAGUUUAGUUCCAUGCUAAGCAUGUCAUUUUUUUUUUUUUUUUUUAAUUUU